UGUCAAAUUGACGAUUAUAGAAAUUAUGGAAACGAUUAGCAGUAAUGAUAUUGUAGACACUGGUGAAGAUAUGAGUCUUGUUGUCAAGACUAGUGAGGAUAUUAGCUUCAAAGAUGACUGCGUUGUUGUUGAUAGUGGAGAUACAGACUUUGCCGUUGAUAGUGAUGAGGAUAUUAGCUUCGCUUUCGACAAUAGUAAGGAUACAAGUUUAACUGUCGAUAAUAAUGAAGAUAUUGCUAAUAAUGAAAGUGUAAAUUCUACUAUCAAUCCUAGUAAUAGUGACACUUCUACUGAUCGCAACACAACAGGAACUUUAGCAACUCACCUUAACAGUAAACAUAAAAAGAAUAUCUCCCUAAAACAGCAAAUGCUCUUAUGUUUUGCAACCACACUAUAUACACCAAAAGAGGAAAAACGAGUAAAUGAAAUUAAUAGAAAGGUUGAGUAUCUAAAACCGGAGCUUGAUAUCGAUACCUGUUGGAAUAGUACAUUUCUAAUAUUGCAAAAGUUUAAUAGAAUAAAAGAAAUACUAGAAUAUUUGGUUGCAAAAAAUAAAAAGCAACUUGAAGAUUUGUGGCUUGACGAAAGUGGGUGGGACCAAAUAGAUGCAAUAUUAGAACUUCUUGAACCAAUAUAUAAGGCAACAUUAUUGUUAUCUGCUAGCUCCUAUCCAGCUAUUAGUAAUGUUUGUCUCGUAUUUAUGGGACUUUUACGUCACCUUGAUCAAUAUCUUUCGAAUCAUGAAAUGAAUGAAUGUUAUAUGGUACAAUCAAUAAUGCAUAAACUAGAUGAGUACUGGGGCAUUAUUGAAAAAUCGACUGUACUACUCACAUUGCUUAAUCCACACUCAAAGCUAAUGACCUUUGUAACAUGUGAAGCACGGUCUACUGCUGUAAGUGUAUUACACGAACAUAUGUUAAGCUAUGGAGAGGCACCCUCAAAUACAUCCACUACUAAGCAAAGAAAAGAAAAUAAAAAAACAAAUCAGCGCCUAUUCUUUGAAUCAUUAUUACAAGAAGAAAAUGCUGCACUAGUAGAAAAUGACAAAAUGGCAAGAGACUACUUGUCUAUCCAAGGAACUAGUGUUCAAAGCGAACGUGCAUUUUCAAUCGCAGCUCAUACUAUUACAAAAAUUAGAAGCAAUUUUUCUUCAAAUUUGGCACGUGCUGUGCUAUGUCUAAAAAGCUGGAUAACGAAGGUUCAUGAUGAUUAUUAUGAUUAUGAUAAAUUGUAA